AUGGCUUCGGAAAAACGAGUUCUUCUUUUGGUGUUUAUCCACGGGUUCAAGGGCACCGACUUUACCUUUGGCGACUUCCCGGCCCACCUCAAAGACACCGUCGCCAACAACCUGCCCAACCAUGAAGUUACGUCGGUAGUUUAUCCGCAAUAUGAGACGCGUGGCGAACUCGCGCAGAGCACCACUGCUUUUCUGGAAUGGCUGAAAGAGCGAGUGAUGGACCUGCGCAAGGCCCAUCUGGACAACCCAUGGCCACCUAACGAUCACAAGGUGGGCGUCGUGUUGGUCGCCCAUUCCAUGGGCGGCUUCGUCGCAACAGACACCCUCUUCCGCGUCCUCGACGAACACCAUCAAAACCACCCCCCUUCUCCUUCUCCCUCUACCGCUCCCCAUACAUCAACAGGAAACCCGCCAACAAGCGAUCCGUCAACAGUAACAAACCCCCCCAUAUUCCCCUUAAUCCAAGGCAUCCUCGCCUUCGACACCCCCCUCAACGGUCUCGCCCGCUCCAUGUUCGUCUACGGCGCCUUCUCCCACUACCAAAAAGUCAGCAACGUCUUCAACCUCAUGACCGCCCUCUCCGCCGCCACGCCCGCCGCACUAUCCCGUCUCGCUUCCCGCCGUGCCAUCGGCUCAGCUACGGGGCGCAUUGCGAAGGCAUCACAGCGCAGCUCCCCGGCAUGGAAGGCCUGGCAGUUGGUGGCGAUGCGCACGGGUACCGUGGGUGUGAUUGCCGCGGGCGGCGUGGCGGCGUUUAUGCAUAGGAAGAAGAUCGUGGAAGGGGUGAGGAGUGUGAGGAAUUUGACGCGCGAGGAUGUGGUGGCUGGGUAUCAGCAGAGUGUGGAUGCGUUGGGUCAGGGGCUAGCUUAUGUGAAUCGGGGGAAUGUGGGAGAGAGUUUUGCGUGGUUGGCGGAUCAUUUUACGUUUGUGGGGGCGUUGUUGAAGCAGAAUGAGCUGAAUCGACGGCUGGAGAGGUUGGCGGCGUUGCAAGGGGGGGUCGGGGUUUGUGAUGUGUAUGCGUCGCUGGGGGAGAAUGGGUAUUGGAGUGGGGGGUAUUUUGUGCCUGAGCGGACGUUUUGCGCAGUACCUUCGGGAAAUAAGGAGGAGAAGAAGAAGGCAUCGGAACUGGCCGCCGAGGCAAAACUGUUCACCCGCCACGUCAUGUCGGACGCCAAAGACGAGAUCCAAGCCCACACCGGCCUCUUCAAGCGCCCCCAAAACAAAAACUACGAGCGCAUGACCAACGACGCCGCGCAGCGUGUGGUCGAAUGGUUCAACAACACCUCGCCUAUCUACGACGACCCCCGGUUCCAGACGCCCGCGCCUGCUGAACCAGCUGAGACGGAGGAGCUGGCGAAGGCGGUUGAUAGCGAGCAGGGGAUUGAGAAGGCCGAGGAGAGUUUGGCAAAGACAAAGAGUAAUGAGGAGGGCUCGGCGGAUGUUGACAUGCCCGACAACGACGACAAUAACAUCCCCGACGAAUCCCCCAUCGACAUAGCCGCCGCCGCAUCUCUCGUCCCGCUCCCGGACAACAUCGACAAGGACUUAGCCGAUGAUAGCACCAACACCAGUACAUCCAAUGACAACUCCCAACGCACGGCUUACCUCCGAUAUCUCUUUGGUGCAGCCCAGCAGACAAGCACAAGCCUCAGGUCAUAUCUCCCCAGUGGGAAGAUACCGAGUAUUCCGAACGUGCCGGUACCGAGUAUGCCGAGCAUGCCGAGCAUGCCUAGUGUUUCCAUGCCGAAGAGUAUUAAUCCGUGGGGUGGGAAGAAGAAGGAGGUAUCUACGGAGGAGACGGGGGGUACGGAGGAAGUGGGCGGAGGAGGGCCGAGUGAGGAUGCGGUGCAGGGUGAGAAGUAG